AUGACGACCACCGAAAUCGAUAGCAAGAAGCGCAAGCGCAAGCACAAGAGCAAGAAGAGCGAAGAAUCUACAGAACCUGUUGCACAGAGUAAUGGCGCAACGAAAAGCGAGAAGCCGCGCAAGAAGUCCAAGAAGGAGCACACACCCGAGCCUGAGACUGAGGACGUAGAGGUAGAAGAAGCAGGUGAAGAUGGCGCAGAGAGCGACAUCGGGGAAGACGAGGCGCAAAUCAACGCAGAGUUGAAGCAAAUCGCUGCAAAGGCCAAGAGCGCAAGAGAAAACGCCAAUGACGAGGCGGAAGAAGAGGCAGACGACAGGCACAUUAGCGGCGCGAACGGCGAAGCGUUGGGUCAAAACGAUCUUUUGUCGGGUACCUCGAUGCCUAGCAUGGAAAACCCUACCAAGUUCUCGGAGCUGAACUUGUCGGACCGCACGAUGGAGGCUAUCAAGAACAUGGGCUUCGAGACCAUGACGGAGAUUCAACAGAAGACGAUUCCUCCUCUACUAAGUGGAAAGGAUGUGCUCGGUGCAGCGAAGACGGGCAGUGGCAAGACGCUUGCUUUCCUCAUCCCCGCCAUCGAAAUGCUAUCGGCCAUGAGAUUCAAGCCGCGAAACGGUACUGGAGUGAUUGUCGUGUCUCCCACACGUGAACUAGCGUUACAAAUAUUCGGUGUUGCCCGUGAGCUUAUGGAGAAGCACUCACAGACGUUUGGCAUCGUCAUUGGUGGCGCAAAUCGAAGAGCAGAGGCGGAGAAGCUGGUCAAGGGGGUCAACUUGCUGAUUGCGACACCGGGGCGUCUGCUUGAUCACUUGCACAACACUCAAGGCUUCGUUUUCAAGAAUCUCAAAAGCUUGAUCAUCGACGAGGCGGAUCGUAUUCUGGAAGUGGGAUUCGAAGAUGAAAUGCGGAGUGUAAUCAAGAUCCUACCAUCGGACAGGCAGACUAUGCUCUUCUCUGCGACACAAACUACAAAGGUCGAGGACCUGGCGCGCAUCUCGUUGAAGCCAGGCCCACUGUACAUCAACGUGGAUUACCGGAAGGAGCACUCUACGGUCGAAGGACUUGAGCAAGGCUACGUGAUCUGCGACUCGGACACGCGGUUCAGGCUGCUCUUCAGCUUUCUCAAGAAGCAUCAGAAGAAGAAGGUGAUAGUCUUCUUUUCCAGUUGCAAUUCGGUGAAAUUCUACGCCGAGCUGCUCAACUACAUUGAUUUGCCCGUGCUGGAGCUGCAUGGCAAGCUCAAGCAACAAGUGCGCACGAACCGGUUCUUUGAAUUCUGUAACGCGACUUCUGGCACGCUCAUCUGUACGGAUGUGGCAGCACGAGGGUUGGACAUUCCCGAGGUAGACUGGGUCAUUCAGUUUGAUCCACCGGAUGACCCGCGCGACUACAUUCACCGAGUCGGUCGAACGGCAAGAGGCUCAGACGGCAAGGGCAGGAGUCUGAUGUUCCUGCUGCCAUCCGAGAUUGGUUUCCUGAAGCUGCUCAAGGAGGCCCGUGUUCCUCUUGUAGAGUUUGAGCUACCAGCCAACAAGAUUCUGAACAUUCAAUCGCAACUGGAAGCACUCAUCUCGAAGAAUUACUACCUCAACAAAUCGGCCAAGGAUGGGUACCGGUCCUAUCUACAAGCGUACGCGUCGCACAGCCUGCGAUCUGUUUUUGACGUGCACAAGCUGGAUCUGGUCAAGGUUGCAAAGAGCUUUGGCUUCUCGACACCGCCCAGAAUCGACAUCAGCUUGGGGGCCAGUCUGGGCCGAGACAAGAAGGCAGAAGGCAGACGGGCGUACGGAAGUCAGCCGCAGCAGGGCAGGCGGCCGAUGAAGCCCGGAAAACGAUUCUAG